AUGCCGGGCCGGCACGGCUCGGUACGGGCAGCUCCGCCCCCCCCCGACGGGCCCUCCCCCAGUGUGUUCCCUCCCCCCGUUGCGCCCCACAGCCGAGGCUUGGCGCUCGACGCGCUCGGCGCUCGACGGGUUGGAUGCGCUCGGCGCUCGACGGGCGCAUGCGCGCUGCGGGUUGUACGGAGCGUAAGGAGAAAGGGAAAGAUGGCGGCGCCCGGCGGUGGUGUGGAGGCGGAGGAGGACGCGCCUGGCCUGGUCUUGGGGAGGCUGGAGGAGGAAGCGCGGCGGCGGCAGGAGAGGCUGCGGGCUCUGAGGCAGCGCACACUGCAGAAUAAGGACAGCAGUGAAUGUGAGAACAAGCGUCCCAGAGAAGACGAAGAAGAGGAGACCGUCAAGCACAAGGAGCUCAAACUACGAAACUAUGAUCCUGAAGAUGAGGAGCUUAAGAAGAGGAAGAUGCCCCCGGCCAAGCCAGCCUCAGUGGAAGACAAGGUGAAAGACCAGCUGGAGGCUGCCAAGUCAGAGCCCAUCAUCGAUGAGGUGGAUCUGGCAAACCUGGCCCCCAGGAAACCAGACUGGGAUUUGAAGCGAGAUGUAGCCAAGAAACUGGAGAAGCUGGAGAAGAGGACGCAGAGAGCCAUCGCUGAGCUAAUAAGAGAGCGGUUGAAAGGGCAGGAGGAGGAGCUGGCAUCUGCUGUUGGGUCAGCAAAGCAGGAGGGAAGUGACUCUGACUGAGGAGGUCCAUCAGGCAGCGUCAGGCUUGGGAUCUGCCAGCAGUGCCGAUCCUGUUGCUCUCAGGUAGAGGCACCUUGUUGGGACAUGCAGCUCACCAGCCUUAGAGAGCCAGAGCCAUGACCAUUUCCCAGAGGACUGGUUCUCCUCUUCCUGAGCAAAGAUGCCUUUUUCAAGGUGCUUCUUUCUGUGGAAGAGCUGAUGUUCACUGACAGGUGGGGAACAAAGAGAGAUGGCU